GCAGGAAGAGGAAGUGGUCAGGAUCCCGGCGGACGCGAGCAGGCAAUGCCGCUGCCACGGUUGCUGCUUGGCAGUGCGCGCCGCUGGAUCCUCGGGUCCGCGGACGCUGCGCUGUGGGGUUUGAAGUCAAUAAAAGGAAACUGCAACAAUUUUUGUACUACUGUUUUUAAAGAUGUCACUUAUAAGGAACUUAAAAGCCUCUUGAAUUCCAAAAAAAUUAUGUUAAUUGAUGUUAGAGAACCAUGGGAAAUUCUUGAGCAUGGAAAAAUCCCCGGGUCUGUCAAUAUACCACUGGAUGAGGUAGGUGAAGCUCUACAGAUGAACUCAAAAGACUUCAGAGAGAAGUACAAUGAAGUAAAGCCAUCCCAAUCUGACAAUCUAGUGUUUUCUUGUUUAGCCGGAGUGAGAAGCAAGAAGGCUCUGGAUACAGCAAUAUCUCUGGGCUUUAAUAGUGCUCAACAGUACGCUGGAGGAUGGAAAGAAUGGUCAACCUAUGAAUAUUCUGAGAAGAAACAAGAAAACUGAAUUUUGGAAUCCACACUGGCGCUUUCCUUGUGUGCAUGCAGUCACGCAACUGGAAUGAGCAAAAGAAUAAAAAUCUAGGGCUGGCACUACUGGCUAAUGGGAAGGGGAUUUUUGUAUAAGUCAAUUAUUUGUUGAAUCUUUCUCAACUGUAAAUUGAGAUACUGCUUCCCCCUGCCUACUUCCAGAGGCUAAUGAGGAUUGAGAUAAUGUAAGUGACUUGCCAUGAAAUAUAAGAGUUGGGAUUCUAGGAAUCAAUUUUGAAAUAGUUUAGUAUAGUUCACUAGUAUUCCACAAGACCAAGUUACUUGUAUUAAUCACAGUGUGGGACCCUUUGUGUUAGUACACCUUCUGUGUAUCAGAGGCUAUGAGCUAGACCAGCAGAUUAAGACUUUAAAACACCUAAAGUCUGGGAUCCUUUUAAGUAGGUGAAAUAUGAACAAUGAAAAUACAUUCACAGCAUCCAGACUAUGGCAGUGUUGUGACCAGCAUGGCAGUGACAUAAUUUUCAACUUUAAAAUUAGUAUGAUCUGUGGGGAGCGAAAUCAGAACAGUGGUUGCUUCUGUGGAGGGAAGAUUAACUGGAAAAGGCAAAGAGGGAAAUUCUAGGGUGAUAGAAAUGCCCUAUAUCUUCAGGUGUUGGUACAUAUGUAUAUACAUUUACCAAAACUCAUUCAAGUGAACAUUUAAAAAUGUACCUGAAAUUAUCUCUCAAUUAAAAAUAAUGAAAAUAGAAAAAAUUUAAAUGUGAAGUACUCCCACUGAGUAUAUUGCUUUGGAUGUCAAAUCUUACACUUAUUAGUACACUAGUGUACUGGUGAUAAAAUAAAUUUGUGCUUUCUUCCAUCUGUGCCUCUUCA